UUCUUGUCGUUUUUCGUUUGUUAUUUGUUUCUUUUUUACAUAUCUUGAUACCUGAACUUCAGAUGGAGUUGUAAUAACCAUCUGAUCAAUUCUAAAUUUGUAUAGUAACUGUCGCUAUUGGCACGAAAGUUGCUCUUUUAAACAAUUUUUACAAACGUGCUUUAUGUCAGACCUUGUUUAUCAACGUCUUCCUAUCCCUCAUCCCCUGCAGCAAAAAUAGAAAUGGCGAUGCCACUAUUGGGUACAUACGCUGGCGAUCUUCUGUACCCCCUGAUAUUUGUACUGUUUUAGCUUAGCUUUGAGAUUAACACAUAAUUAAUUCGAGGCAUUAAAGGGGGAUAUGCAUACACCUACAUAGUAUAGUUUUCAAACAGAGUAUAUAUCCACACACUUUCUGUAGGGGUUCCUUUUUCCUUUUGUCCAACUAAAAUAAAAAAAAAAGAAUGCUCAGCUUUACUGAUUUCAGAUCAUCAAGACUAUGUGUAUUGUUGACGGUUUCAUUGUCUGUAUUCACAGAUAUAACCACGUACAGCACCAUUAUCCCAAUGAUGCCAUUUAUUGUAGACGCCAUCGACCAAGGCAUGACUCCUGACGUAACGGCAUCUAAUUUAUAUCAAAGCUUAAGCACAUCCAUAACUGACAGUGUAUCAAGAAAAUCCAGUACCUUACUCAUCAUGUUUUCUGUGGGUACAAUUGUCGGAUCAGUCAUUUUUGGAUAUUUAGGCGAUAAGGUCAACCAUCGACGCCCAUUGUUGAUGUUUAGUGUUUUCUGGCUCGUACUCUCAACAGUACUCUUUAUGUUUGGAAAUGUCCUUUGGAUGCUUCAGCUUGCUCGAUUAAUUCAAGGACUAUCCAAUUCGUGUAUAUGGAUUAUGGGAAUGUGUUUAAUUGUGGACACGUUUCCGACGAAUAAAGUAGGAAAGCAGGCUGGAAUUAUUGUUGCUGCUCAUUCUUUUGGCUUCCUGAUAGGUCCUCCAGUAGGCGCCUUAUUUCAAACUACAGGAUAUAAAGCACCGCUUAUCCUGUGUAUGGCCCUCAACGUACCCGCAUUUAUCAUGCAACUCCUUUUGAUCGAACAUAAGAAGAAUGCCCCAGAGUGUGCCGGUUCAGGUCGACUAGAUGACAUAAGCGAAUUGACUUUCAGCACAGUCGAUUCGGAGAGAUCGAUGCAUGUUGACCAAGAACAUAGUAUCAAAACGGAAAAGGAGCAGCGCAUGACCUAUCUCAAGCUCUUCCAACAAAAUCGUCUGUUAAAUGCGACCCUGAUGGCUCUUUUACAAGGAUUUGUUACCGCUGGUCUAGAGAACUCUCUUACGAUUAGACUAGCGUCCGAAUGGAAAUAUACUUCUGGUCAAAUUGGAUUAAUCUUUAUUGCUAGAGUGAUACCUACAUUUAUUUCAGCACCAUUUGCAGGUAUAAUCGCUGACAGAUACGGUUCCAAAGUGGUAGUAUGUCCAUUCUGGUUAUUAUCUGCAGCUGCCAUCGUCUUAAUUGGAAUACCCAGUAAAUCUACUAUCGGAGGUAUUGUUCCUCUUGUAGUCCUGAUCGCUACCUUGGGAUUUUCUAUGGUUGCAGCCAUGACACCUGUUCAAUCCGAAAUUGCCUGUAUCGUACGAUCUCAUAACGAGGAUGGUAAAGGCGACAACGGUAUGAGCAGAAGCUACGGUCUGUUUAAUAUUGCCUAUGCAGUAGGCGGUAUCAUUGGUCCUCUCACCAGUGGUUACUUGUAUAGUGUCAUUGGAUUCUUUUGGCUUUGUGUCAUCAUGGGUUGCACGCUUCUUUUGUUUGCUCCAUACGUGUUUAUCUCGAUAGGAGGCAGAAGAGUCAAUGUCUCUUGAACCUAAAAGGGAC